UAUAAUUCUUACUAUCGAUACGAGGAGGGAAAGUUUCACACAUUUUCUGGAAGAGAUCUACGACAUCCACAGUUUCCCGAUUUCGAAGUACAUGGAAGAAAGCAGGCUUUUAAAAAUUCCUAACCUGAAUCCAUGACCUUAGAGACUCAAAGAGAAGACUCUGAAUGCGCCUACCUAGUGCGCGAAGAGUCUUUACCACCUGGUGCUGCUUACAAGUCUCCAGAACGGGAAGAUGAUGAAACUCCAAGGCCAAGGAUCUCAAAAAUUGAAGAAGAAGACGACGAUGGUAUUGUACAUCAUACUACCGCGAAGUUCCACGAACAUCUUCUGGAACAGGCUGGUUUUGGAGCCUUUCAUAUUUUGGUGCUUUUGAUGGCUGGUUUGGCAUUAGCAGCGGAUGCUGUUGAGCUUUUUGCUGUUGGAUACAUAUUGCCAAGUGCUGAGCAUGAAUUAUGUAUGGACGAAUACCAAAAAGGAUGGUUAGGUACUAUCUCUUUUAUCGGUAUGAUGAUUGGAGCCAUCCUAUGGGGCAUUAUGGGGGAUAGGCUUGGUCGUCGACGGACCUUACUAACAGCAUUAGCUAGUAACGGAAUCUUUGGUGUUAUUGCUGCCUUCAUGCCAACAUACUCACUUCUCAUGAUCACUCGCUUAUGCAGCAGCAUCGGAAUCGGGGGCUCCUUGCCAAUUGUUUUUACAUUUUAUUCAGAAUUCUUGGUUAGGAAAAACCGAGGACGUCACCUUAGUUUCCUGUUGAUGUUUUGGGCCCUUGGAGGAUUGUUCGUAGCCGUUCUUGCGUGGGGUAUAAUUCCAAAAAGUGGUGCUACCAUAAUGGACGCAAAGAGAUUGCAUUUCGGACGUUGGAGAAAAUUUCUUCUCAUAUGCUCCAUUCCUGCAAUAAUAUCAGCUAUUGGGACGACUUUUCUUCCAGAAUCUCCAAGAUUUUUACUUGAGAUGGGGCGAGGUAGUGAAGCCCUCUACGUUUAUAAACAGAUACUAUCUUGGAAUAACGCAAUCAAAAGUGGAGAGGAAUAUCAGCUUACAGAAUUAGAUGUUCCUGGAAAGCGUCCAACCGUCCACGCUUCAAUUCCAUCCAACAGAGGGAUCUUGAGAGAAAUGUUGCGAUCUUUAGAGCUUUGUUGGAGUAAUGUAAGCCAAGUUUUUUCUACACCUCGCACAGCUAUGACGCUUUACCUUUUGGCUGCAUGGACCACAGCAUCGUUUGGGUUUUAUGGCAUAUCAAUUUGGCUCCAUGAGUACAUGAAAAACUUAGAAGAUGCUACUUUCAGCCUAAAAUCCUCAAGGCAAGAUGGGAGUUUAAUCCAUGACCUAAACAUCAACUCCACCAUCGAAAACACUCACUUCACAAAUUCGUCUUUCAUCAAUAUUCGUUUCGUUCAAAUGCUCAUCAGCCAUUGUACAUUCCAAAACUGUUUUUUCAUCAAUUGCACUUUCAGCAAUGUCCGCACCAGUAGAACAUACUUUAAAGAAUGUGAUUUUAUUCAAACAGAGUUUUUUGAUACAGAUUUGUAUGAUUACAAAUUUCAGUCAUGCUCCCUCAACUCUAGUUAUUUUAUCAGCCCUAAAGGUGGUUGCAUCUUGGACUUUGAUAUAAAUUUCAAGUUGGCAGAACUCUUUUACGAAAAUUUAUUUACGCAGCUAGCCAUUUUGCCUGGGACGUUGAUAUCUUCAUUCGUUUUAGAUAGAAUUGGGCGUGUCAAAACGCUAGGUAUUUCUCUGGUGCUUUCUGGCCUUAGCGUUUGCUUCUUAUGGCUUGUUGAAGAUAAAGAAAAGGUUAUAGUGUUUGAAUCUGUGUUUUCAUUCUUUUCCAUAUUUGGGUGGAAUGCGCUAGAUAUUAUCUCCACUGAAGCUUACCCAGCCAAUAUAAGAACUACAAGCUAUGGAAUUUUUGCUGCUGUAAGUCGCCUUUCAGCAAUCUUGAGUAAUAUAACUUUCGGAAGUGCUGUGGAAGUUUCAAAAAUCAUUCCAAUCAUUAUAUCAAAUGCCGUAUUGUUGACAGGAGCUGUGUGUGUGUCACGUAUUCCAGAAACUAAAGAUUAUUUAGUUUAAAAUGAAGCAUAAGACUUUACGAUAUAAAUAUGGCAAUACAGUAUCAUUUGCUUGAAUGUACUCAACACUGUAAAAAACAUUCAGAAACGUUCCUGGACAAUAAUGGAAAGCUAAUGUACCUAAUUUCUUCCAGUAACAUUUCAGGAAAAAAGCAGGAAAGUUUGCCGCGGAAAGUUAGUAACAUUCCUAAAGUUAACCUGCAAUCUUUCUGAAAAAUUCAGGAAGAGUCCUAAUCAAAGCUAGUCGUGUUUCUGAAUAAAUCAGGAACCUUUAGUGAAAACUUGUAUAAUUUUUUGUAAUCGCCUUCCUGAUUUACCAGGAAAGCCCCUAAAGCAAAUAUGGCCGAAGCUGAGACGGAAUUGCAAGCAAUUCUUUUAUACCAACAAUGUCAUUUCGCCCUUGAUUGGGCAUCAGUCAAUUCGGGGAGACCGUAAUUAAGCUGAAAGAGAAACACCUAAUAAAGAAGUUUAAUAUAUAUUUACACUGGUAGGUAAAAAAAAACUUUAUACAGCGUAAAAUCAGCAUCCAUGGAAGUUGUGGCAUUUCAAGAAACUUUUUAGCGAAAAAACGUGUUUUUCACAGGAAACUUGUGUAAAUCCCUGAAAUCGCGGAACGUUACCUGGAAGAAAUCAGUUACAUUUUGAAUUUUUUUUACAGUGAACUAAUUGUUUGGAGACGGUGAAGUUUUGCAAUAACGGAAUGUGCACAUUCAAAAGAGAAGAGAAAAGCAAAAAACAAAAUAAAUCUUUUAUUUUUUACUAUUAUAUUUGUUAAGAAAACAUUGCAAAAUAUUUACUUUUGCGUGCGUUGGUAUCAGUAGACCCUUUCGAGUAUUUCUAUGUCAGGAUCCUUCUUUUUUUACACGCCACGUCAGAAUGAAUUUUCCUCUAAUUAACUCUGAAGCUCUCUCUUUCUUAAGCAAAUAGUUAUCACAAGUGAUUCUUAAUUAUUUUUCUUGGCUCCAAAGAUUUUUCACUUCUUAUCAGUUUCUGUAUAAACAACAUGUGGCCUUUAUGUUUACUAUGGUCAAAAUUUAAAAAAAAAAAAA